UGAAAGUGCACAGGAUGCAUUUGUUUAUUCGGAUUUAAAAGAUUUACCUGUAAAGACUGAACUUGAACAAGACGAGCAGAAGUUUGCACUAUUUGAAGAAAAUCAAGUUGAUGACAAAAGAAAGUAGUGUGUGACACUAUUUAGUCCGCUCACGAAUUGGCCUAUUUCUUCCCGAAGCUUCUCGGCGUUACGAGCCUCGACCAUGGAAUUCGAGACGACCGCUGCCGAAGUAUAUAUAGAACCGAGAUUCGAGCACAGGCCAGUCAUUCACUCAUCGAAGCGCGUCGCGUAAGUUAAUGUAUUCGAAUCGAAGAUAUGAAAUGUAUUUAUUAGUUAUCGGAAUUAUUAUGUUUAGUUAAUUAAAUCAAAAAUUUGAGUUUGUAAAUAAAUUAGAUGUGUUAGUUGGUGUUAUUUGUAAUUAUUAAAAUAAAUAAGUGAUGUAAAUAAAAUAAUAUAAGUAAGUCUUCCUUUAUUUAAAUUAAACUUAGUGCCUAAAGAUAUAAAUAAAUAAAAUAGUAGAGUCAAUCGCGUAAAAAAGACAAUUACAUCACAGUGGUGUCAGAAGUGGGAUACUUGAAAUAAAUAAGUAAUAUAAGCUCGGUUUAAUACAGUGUGGAAUCUUUAAUAAUAACUAAAUAUAAAUCGUAAUAAAUAAAGUGUGUGAUCAUGCCUUCCUUGUGUAAGCUAACAAUUGGAGACCUGAGACUUGAAUUGGAAGAAAGGGACCUGAGUUCUACUGGCAAAAAGGCUGAUCUAGUUGAACGUCUGAAGAACGCACUAAAAGAAGAGGGUCAUGAUCCAGAAACUUACGUGUUUGAAGACAAGCAUGCUGCUUUAAUUUCGUCAAUAACAUCGUUAGAGAGCAAAGUUUCUAGUGAAAUCUCCCAAGUUUCGACAGACAUUACAUCGUUAGAGAACAAAGUUUCGACAGACAUUACAUCGUUAGAGAAAAAGGUUUCUAGUGAAAUUUCCCAAGUUUUCUCGGAUGUUUCGAAGGUUUCGACAGACAUUACAUCAUUCUUAGCAGAAUUCUAG